GAAAAUGAUUGCUUGCGUUCAAAGAUUAGGUGCGGUUAUCAAAACGGAUCUUCCUGUUUAUGAAAACUAUGGAUUUUUGUGUUCCCGUGCCUGGUCCAGGGAGAGUAAAUCAACUCGGCGGUAUUUACAUCAACGGAAAGCCCCUACCCAAUGAAGUCCGAGAAGAAAUCGUUGAAUUGGCGCGACGCGGAGUUCGUCCUUGCGACAUUAGUCGAAGGCUAAAAAUUACCCAUGGUUGUAUCAGCAAGCUGCUAUCAAAAUAUCAGAAAACGGGAUCAAUUAAUGCUGGAGGUGCUAAUGUCGGAAGGCCAAGAGUGAUAACUCUCCGAAUGGAGCAGAAGAUAGAGCAGUACAGGCGAGAACAACCAGGAAUUUUCUCCUGGGAGCUGCGUGAUCGCCUAUUGCGUGAAAACGUGUGCAAUAGGGAGAAUCUACCUUCGCUAAGUUCAAUUAGCCGCCUUAUCAAGCACAAGAUGAUCAAUCUAGUCUCUAACAGAAAACGAGAAUGCAGUGCGAAUGAGGGCGAGUUUGCUGCUGUCGACACCAACACUUCCCAUUCAAAUGGUGAAUCGUUAAAUCAAAGAACGGAAGGGCAUGCACGUAAGCAAGGCUUCAAUCAAAUCAACCUUAGAAGUUCAAAUUUGGAUAAGGAUUGUAUAAUAUCUGGCCGACAGCGCCGAAAGAGGGCAAAGUACACAAAAAAUCAACUUCUAAAGCUGGAAUUAGAAUUUGAGAGGAACCCGUACCCUAAUUCAUGGGAACGCGAAACUUUGGCUCAGCAGCUUGGAAUCCACGAGACAAGAAUCCAGGUAUGGUUCUCAAAUCGCCGAGCGAAGGGAAGAAGAGAACGUUUUGGUGAUGAGGGUAGUCAAAGGCAAUCCAUUUCAGCCCCAGUUUGCACAUGUCACACAUACCGCCAGCCGCUUCGCGCCCCGUGGGUGAUGGAGACCAGUUUUCCAACAUUUUUCUUUCCACCACCUGGAUACUGGACCUAGUCAAAAACCAUUGGUGCUCUUUUUAAGUCUUGGACUGCGAGCUUUUAUUUAUACAACGGGGAGCCGCGUUCCCAUACCUCAAAAAAAAAAAAUAGGAUUUGCGAUGCCAGGAUAGAAUGUCUCUAUACAUGCAUAGAUUUGUCGAUUAAGCAGUAAUCGAGGUUAUGCG